CCUCUGUGCACUGCUACUGACUAACAGUGGCGGUAUUGAUAUGUAGAGCGGAGAAACCGGCCAGCGUUCAGCCCAAGUAUCUGCGGAAGGGAAAGGAAGCCGUAUUUUGUUGCUGGUGGAGGGCUGUCAUGAGAAAAAGCACGCGAAGGAAACACAUCACUCAGGUUACACCGGUGCCGACGCGAGCGGAAGAAGGUGGGACGGAGAGUAAAAGAUACGCAAGGUGUCUGAGUAGCCUUCUCUGCCUGCUGCCAGCAUGUUUAAAAACAGCUUGAAGAUGCUGCUGACGGGGGGCAAAAACAACAGGAAGAGCCGAAACAGCAGUGAUGGCGGGAACGAGGAGACCAUAGAUCUACAGAGCACCAGCUUGGAUCCCCUUCACAACUUCACUGGCCAAGGUGGCAGUAUAGACAGUGACUGUGCCUUUGAGGGGGACUAUGCUGUGCCUCUGCUUUCCAUGGCUGAGGGGCUGCAGCACAUCUGUAUGAUGGAGGGAGUGUCCCGAUCUCUGCCCUCAUCACCUCUACUCACCCACCAGACCUCCAGCGCAAUACCACCGUCCGUCAGGAAGGUCUUCGGCACAGCCACAGGGGGGUUAGGUCCAGAUCUCGGCCCCCCUCCCUCAGUGGACGAGGCAGCAAACACGUUGAUGACUCGUCUUGGCUUCCUACUCGGAGAAAAAGUGAGCGAGGGGUCUCAAGGGCCGCAGUACAGCAUGGAUGAGCCUGAUGACGCACAGGGUUUAGGAGUGAGUGGGAGGAUGAGUCCGUGUUCCACCCUCACCAGCAGCACCGCCUCGCCUCCUGCCUGCAGUCCAUGCUCCACUCUUCCUUCUGCUGCUCCUGGACAGGCCGUCACCAGCCCCACAUCCACCCUGGAGAGCAGAGACAGCGGCAUUAUUGCCACCCUCACCAGUUACUCGGAGCCAAUGGACAGGAGCGGGAAACAUGGCGACGGCUCUCGAGGCAGCAGCCUGAAGCUCUGGCACUCUCACAGAUCCACUCUGGACUCCAGCCUGUAUCGCGUGGACGAAAACAUGGCCGCCUCCACCUACAGCCUCAACAAGAUCCCUGAGACCAGCUCCGCCCACUAUUCCUCUCACCCCACCCCCCUCUACCUCAUGCCCCGCCCUAACUCAGUGGCAGCCACCAGUUCGGCACAUCUGGAGGACCUGGCGUAUCUGGAUGAGCAGAGACACGCCCCCCUGCGCACCUCCCUGCGGAUGUCCCGACAGAACACGGGCGCCGGUCGCUCCGGGCAGGACCUGCGAGCUUCCGCUAACAGUCAUGCCUGGCAGUCUCAGUCACUGCGAUUCGCUCCGUACAGACUGCAGGACAUCGCACUAAAGCCGCUGCUUUUCGAGGUGCCCAGCAUCACCAUGGACUCUGUGUUUACCGGCCGUGAUUGGCUCUUCCAGGAGAUUGACGCAUACCUACGCACUGCCCACUGCGCCACUAAUCGUGGUGUGGUACUGGUAGGCAACAUCGGCUACGGCAAAACGGCCAUCAUCUCGCGCCUCGUGGCUCUCAGCUGCCAUGGCAACCGCAUGCGACAGAUCGCCUCCGACAGCCCACAGGCGUCGCCAAAACAUGGAGAUGGCAUCCCUCUCACGCAGCCGCAGCCUUCCCAUGGUACACUGGGAGGAGGAAGUUGCCCUGGAACUCCAGAAAUGAGGAGGAGACAGGAGGAGGCCAUGAGGAGGCUUGCAUCACAGGUCGUGGCGUAUCACUACUGUCAGGCAGAUAACGCCUACACCUGCCUGGUUCCGGAGUUUGUGCACAACGUGGCGGCUCUGCUGUGUCGCUCGCCACAGCUCACCGCGUACAGAGAGCUGCUGCUGAAAGAGCCGCACAUACAGAGCAUGCUCAGUCUGCGAUCCUGCGUCCAAGAUCCGCCCACUGCCUUCAGACGAGGGGUGCUCGAACCACUGGAUGCACUGUAUAAAGAGAGGAAGAUCACUCCUGAUGAAGACCUCAUCAUUCUCAUCGAUGGUCUGAAUGAGGCUGAGUUCCACAAACCAGACUAUGGUGACACGAUUGUGUCUUUCCUCUGUAAGACCAUUAACAAGUUCCCAGCCUGGCUCAAACUGGUGGUGACUGUCAGAACCUCCCUGCAGGAAAUCACCAAACCUCUGCCCUUCCACCAAAUCUCUCUGGACGCCCUGGAGGAAAAUGACGCCAUCGACCACGACCUCCAGGGCUACAUCCUGCACCGCAUCCACAGCAGCGCAGAGAUCCAGAACAACAUCUCCCUCAACGGAAAGAUGGACAACACCAGCUUCGGCAAGCUCAGUUCCCACCUCAAGGCCCUCAGCCAGGGCUCUUUCCUCUACCUGAAGCUCACCUUUGACCUGAUCGAACGCGGCUACCUGGUGCUCAAGAGCACCAACUACAAGGUGGUCCCAGUCAGUCUAGCUGAAGUUUACCUUCUGCAGUGUAACAUGCGCUUCCCGACACAGUCGUCCUUCGAAAGGGCCCUGCCGCUGCUCAACGUGGCCCUGGCCUCCCUGCACCCGCUCACCGAUGAGCAGAUCUACCAGGCCAUCAACAGCAGCUCAGUGAAGGGCACGCUGGAAUGGGAUGACUUCCAGCAGAGGAUUGAGAACCUGUCUGUGUUCCUGGUGAAGAGACGGGAUGGGACACGCAUGUUUGUGCACCCUUCUUUUAGAGAAUGGCUCAUAUGGAGAGAAGAGGGAGAGAAGACCAAGUUCCUCUGCGAUCCCAGGAAUGGCCACACGCUUCUGGCUUUCUGGUUCUCCAGACAAGAAAACAAACUAAAUAGACAGCAGACAAUUGAGUUGGGUCACCAUAUACUGAAAGCACACAUAUUCAAGGGCCUGAGUAAGAAGGUCGGAGUUUCUUCAUCCAUCUUGCAAGGGCUGUGGGUGUCAUACAGCACAGAGAGUUUAUCAGCAGCUCUGUCAUCGCUCAGAAACCUUUAUACACCUAACAUAAAGGUGUCCCGGCUGCUGAUAUUGGGUGGUGCUAAUGUGAACUACCGUACAGAGGUGUUGAACAACGCUCCGGUGCUGUGUGUGCAUGCUCACCUGGGCUACGUGGACAUGGUGAACCUGCUGCUGGAAUACGGUGCCAGUGUAGAUUCAACAUCUGAGAGCGGCCUCACUCCUCUGGGCUACGCCGCCGCCGCUGGACACCUGGGCAUAGUUACCGCUCUCUGCAAGAGGAAAGCAAAGCUCGACCACUUGGACAAGCAUGGUCAGUGUGCCCUAGUGCAUGCUGCUCUUAGAGGACAUCUGGAGGUGGUGAAGUUCCUCAUUCAGAGCGACUGGGGUCAGAUGCACCUCCAGAGCCCCUCCCCUACACAGUCACAGGACACGCCCUCCCCCACGCCACCAGAUGCCACGCCCUCUCCCACACAAGCCACGCCCCAGGAGUCACAGCCCUCCAGCCCUGAGCGACAGGACGACGCAGCGGAGGCGCCGCAGGAGUCCGAGCAGAAGGUAGAGGAGCAGGAAGAGACUCCAGAAGAGUCCGAACAACAGACGCAAGCGGACGCACAGACUCAGCAGCAGACAUCGCCACAGCCUGUGACCUUCAACAAGAGCGUGGCAGUACAGCAGGCCCUUAUAGCAGCAGCCAGCAUGGGUUACACAGAGAUUGUGUCUUAUCUCUUGGACUUGCCUGAGAGGGAUGAAGAGGACACUCAACGCGCCCAGAUUAACAGCUAUGAUACCCUGUGGGGUGAGACAGCGCUGUCAGCAGCAGCAGGCCGGGGAAAGCUGGAGGUUUGUCGGCUGCUGUUGGAGCAGGGCUCUGCUGUGGCGCAGCCCAACCGGAGAGGAGUCGUGCCGCUCUUCAGCUCUGUGCGUCAAGGGCACUGGCAGAUUGUGGAUCUGUUAGUGUUGCAUGGGGCAGAUGUAAACCUGGCUGAUAAACAAGGCCGUACUCCACUCAUGAUGGCCGCCUCAGAAGGGCACCUGGACACGGUGGAGUUCCUAAUGGCUCAGGGUGCAUCUAUGGAUCUAAUGGAUAAGGAGGGUCUGACUGCGCUCAGCUGGGCAUGUUUGAAAGGACACCUGCCUGUGGUUCACUGCUUGGUGGAAAGGGGUGCAGCGACAGACCACACUGAUAAAAAUGGACGAACGCCUCUCGAUCUGGCUGCCUUCUAUGGAGACUCAGAAGUGGUGCAGUUCCUGGUGGAUCAUGGGGCUUUGAUCGAGCAUGUGGACUACAGUGGGAUGCGUCCUCUGGACCGGGCAGUCGGCUGCAGAAACACAUCAGUGGUGGUCGCCCUGCUGAAGAAAGGAGCCAAAAUCGGAUGUCAGACACUGCCAAGUCGGCAUAAAGGAGGUCCUGCUACCUGGGCAAUGGCGACAUCUAAACCUGACAUCAUGAUUAUCCUACUGAGUAAACUUUUAGAGGAAGGAGAUGGCUUCUACAAGAAGGGUAAAGUGAAGGAGGCAGCUCAGCGCUACCAGUAUGCUCUGAAGAAAUUUCCCCGAGAAGGAUUAAGUGAGGACCUGAAGACCUUUAAGGAGCUCAAAGUGUCUUUGUUCCUGAACUUGUCUCGCUGUCGGAGGAAAAUGAAUGACUUUGGUAUGGCGGAAGAGUUUGCUACCAAGGCUCUGGAACUGAAGCCUAAGUCUUAUGAGGCAUUCUAUGCUAGAGCCCGUGCCAAGCGUAGCAGCAGGCAAUUCGCUGAAGCACUAGAUGACCUGAGGGAAGCCAUAAUGCUGUGUCCCAACAAUCGUGAAAUCCAGCGUCUCCUUCAGCGCGUGGAUGAGGAGUACAGGCAAGUUACCCAAUCAGAGGAGCCAGAGCUUGAGCCUCCUCCAUCCCCACCACCAUCUCCCUUACCAGUGGAGGAAGAUGAGGAGCCCCCUCAUCAUACCCCUCCCCCUGAGCCAAGACUGGAUGACAUGGAGCCUGUCCAAGACUUGUUUGAGGAUGAUGACUUCCUGGAACAAGAGCUAGAGGCUGUGUCUAUUGGUCUUGCUUCUGAUAUUCGCUCGAAUGCUUCGAGCCUUGCCAUUAUACGUAGUCCACCCCUUUCUCCGGGCCAUCAUGACACUGGCUACCUAUCUGGAGGGCAGGCCUUUGAGUUCCACCCAAGCUCCUCCUCCAUGUCAUCUCCUACCCAUCAUAGUUACCAGUCCACCUCCCCGUGUAUCUCUCCAACACAUCAGAACUCCCACUACCACCAGAGUCCACCCCACACCUCGCCAGCCCAUCAGUCCUCCUACCGGUUCAGCCCUCCACCCAUGGGCAGUGGAGGGAACCAGGGGAUGGACUACCAGAGUCCUCCGCCAUCUCCUCUUAGGCGUGGGGUUCCAUUCAGAGGUAGCCCUCCAAUUGAGAGUGUGUGUCUAUAUCGUUCCCAGUCUGGCUCUCCAGUCCGCUACCAACAGGAUCCUUUACCAAGCCGCCCUAAAUCGCCACUGUUGAAGAUGAGCAGCCAGCGAUCCUUCCAACUCCAGUCGCAACCUUCCCAGAGCUCUCAGACCAGUCAGCACCACCAGGUUCAGGGUCUUCGCCUGCAGCCCUCUAUGGCACAGAUCGUCCGCACUAACCAGCCCAGUAACAGUAUGUACAGCCAGUUGGCACAUCCACUCAGCAGUAGGUACCAGGGCAGUUCUAUGGAUGUGGACAGGGAGAGAGAUCGAGAGCCAAGGCUGGUGUACCAGCCCUCAUUGGAUGGCCGGUCAAUGUCUCAAGUGCAAUCCAGCCUUAGUGUGGGAGCUCUGUGUCAGCAUGGGGGCCGAGGUGGGCCUGCUGGGGUUUUGGAGUCAAACUUGGGGAAAGAUGAGAUCCCUCAGCGUCCUGCUUCAGCCUAUCGUUCAGCUACAGGGGGACCCGGAGGCAUGCGCUUCAGCCAAACCCCCCAGAUAAGCCGUAGUCAGUCAGCUGCAUACUAUCCUGUCUCCAAGCAUGAACUUGAGAGAGCAGUGGCAGCCUCUGUUCUGCCACCAUGCCAACUGGGCUCUCCAGAGAUCCCCCACCUAGUGCGCAGACCUAUCAGUGCUAAUACAAGUGACCUAAAACAUGUAUCGACCCCCAGACCACUGAUCCACUCCCAGAGUGUAAAUCUUCGCUUCUCCCCAUCUAGCAGUAAUAUCUCCUCAGGUUCCAGCUGCAAUCUCGCCCCUGGCUUCAGGCCUUCCUCCUCCAUGGCCCAAAUGGAAAUUCCGCUGCAGGCUGCAUAUGAACGAAGCUUUGACGAGCCAUCUACCCUCUCACCCUCUCAGAGCGGACUGUACUCGGGUGAGCCCGCCCGAUCCCGGACCACUCCAUUUAUGGGCAUCAUUGACAAGACCGCAAGGACUCAGCAGCAGUACCUUCACCAGCCUUCCCGGGCCUGGCCUGUGUCAUCUCUGGAAUCGGUUAUCACUAGCCCCACGUCGCCUGGUAAUUUGAUCCACCAAGCCUCCACAGCUUCCUCCUACAGCCCACCUACAUCUCUAGGCAAUAUUGCCUACUACAAUAAGACCAAUAAUGCCCAAAAUGGACACAUGCUAGAGGAAGAGUACUAUGCCCAGCCGCAGCCAUCCUCCCUGGGCAAGCUUGCCAAUGGAGGAGCCCGUGAUCGAGACUUCCUGGAGCGAGUGAGCCAGGCACCAACGUACCAGGAUGUUAAGGUGGCACGGACAAUGCCCGUGGCACAGGCGUACCAGGAGAACAUGUACCGCCAGCUUUCCCGUGAUGCCAGACAAGGUCCCACCUCGCCCAUCAAACCAAAGAGACCCUUUGUGGAGUCAAAUGUUUAACAGGCACCCAAAAGGGUGGGCACAAAGGUGUGAGUGACAGUGAAUGUUUGUGUCAGGUCUUACGUAAGGGACUGUGUAGGUGCAGGUUAUUAAAGCCAGUAUUUCAAGUAGAUGAAACUGCACAGGAGAAAUACUUUUAAUUAACUAAAAAACAGUGUUACAAAUACCUGUGUACAAAUACAUGUGCCUACUUUAGGUCAACUCAAUCUGUUGGUAAAAACUCAGACAGCACCCUUUUGGAGUAUUAGAAUACAGUAUGUUAAAGUAAAUGUUCUUUAAAGCUCUGCACAUUAUAUAAGAAAGCACAUUUAUUGACGUUCCACAGCAGAGGCCACAUACAGAGGAAUAGUGUGUCUUGCCAUUGUUCCCAGCACUAAAGCGGAUAUGAAACUGGCAAUCUAUGUGUUGAACGCAUUCCUUCCUCACCUAAUCCUACUCUCUCUCUUCCCAACGAACCUAAACAGAUUUGCUAGGCUUUCUGAACAUAACAUUGUUGAAUUGUUCAAUACUGUAAAAAGUGAAAAUCUGAUUCAGAAAAACUAAGUUGUAGUUAUAGAAGGAAAAGAGGAAUAUUUAUAAUUAAGUUAUAUGAUGUAUAGA